AUGAAUAAUGCCUGGAUUGUACCAGUUGCACCUAUUGAUUUCAGUGAUUUCAAUGCGCGCUCGCGUGUCGCAUUCAUGCACCGAGCCGAGUACAGGGCAGCUCUCGGAUACGCAAACACACUCGAAAUUCCCAAGGCCGUGCGUCGUUUUGUUUUUGCUGCCCAUGAUGAGCUCAAUUCUCAGACCAGCAAUGAAGUAGAUGAACUUUGGAAAUAUCUCCUGAUGCAACGGCCCUCCGAUUUUCACCAUGUAGAUUUUUUUGGAACGAUCAGAGGAUCUGGCUUUGAUUUUUCGUCCACUACGAAUGACUUCAAUCGCGAUCAAACCGCAGCGUUCACAGAGCUUUCCGAUAUGCCAGGAAAGUUUGUUGCCCUAGAAGGACCCCCCGGCACCGGCAAAACACUUUGGGCCUCGCGUAUUUUGGUUCCUCUGGUACAAAAUAAGAAUGAGAAGACUGGGAACAAGCACCAGAUUCUUGCAAUUGCUGCUACGAAUGAGCAGACCGAGAACCUCUUCAUGCGAAUCGAGAAGACCCUGAGAGAAGAAGUGCAGGAGGACAAGGAACCCGCCGCUGUACGACGUUUCCCAUGGUCAUAUGUGGAGAGCAAUAUCGAAGCACUUCAGGACGUCCAGAAUGCUGAUGUUGUGGUUACCACUCAAUUCGCAUCGUGUCAACAGUGGAUUCGUGAGAGUCUCAAGCCCAGCCAUAUCAUCAUCGAUGGAGCCAGCCAGAUCGCCGAGCCAUUACUUUGGCCAAACCUUGUCUCGACUGCAAACAAUGCUAAUUUCGUGGCGAUGAUUCUCAUCGGUGACCAUCUUCAAGUUCCCCGUGUGAUUAUGGAAAAUGCCAAUGAGUCCAAGUUUAAGGUUCAGCUUGAGAUGUCUUAUUUCCACCGGCUGGUUGCAAGUGGAUUAUGUCUAACAAUCCUACGACAGCAACGAAGAAUGCACGGAGACAUUGCAGCUUGUCCCAAGCAUCUCUUUUACGGAAGCUUUUUAACUACGCACUUCCUGGGAAAUGAAAAAUGCCACAAUCUGUCGCGCUUGAUCCGUCUGUUCAACAAUGAGUUAUUUAAAAAGAAGUUCAACGUUGUGGUCAUAGAUAACCCUCAUGGCAAGCAGAAGGUCGACGACAAUCGCGGCUCCAAUUCGAACGAGAAAAAUGCUCAGGCCGUUGUGUCCCUGGUUACUCUGCUUCUGAUAAUGCUGGGUAACGUAGUGAAACCCAGCAAUAUCAGCAUCUUGACCUUUUACAACGCUCAAAAACAGCUGCAUGAACGAAAUAUGCAGCAGCUACAGCAAGAAAAGCCUGAACUCAAUGCGGACAAGAUCAGAAUCUCAACUGUGGAUAGCUUUCAAGGAAAUGAGGCAGAUAUUGUUGUUCUUGACUUUGUCGUGACCGACAAGCCAGGCUUUGUGACCGACAAGAGGACGCUUGGCCAGUGCACUCACCCGGGCGAGGUCAGGUUGCUACAUGAUUGCCUCCUUAGCCGCGACUGGCAAAGCUUGCGACGAUAUGCUCAGAAGCAAAAGCAACGAUCUCAAGUCCAUUCUGAGAGAUUGGGAAGCGCGUGA